AUGUCAACCCAGAAAGCCAUCAUCGUAACAGAACCCAAGAAGGGCGGCCUGGUCACGAGCCAGCCUAUUCCAAGACUGAGAGACGACUACAUUCUCGUUAAGACCGUGAGCGUGGGGUUGAACCCUACUGACUGGAAACACAUCGCCUAUCUCUCUCCCCCCGGCGUCCUCGUGGGAUGCGACUAUGCCGGCGUGGUGGAAGCCGUAGGCAAGGAUGUUAAGAAGCCUUUCAAGAAGGGCGAUCGCAUCUGCGGUUUCACUCAUGGCGCGAAUGCUGUCCAGCCCGAGGACGGUUCCUUUGCCGAGUACAUUGUCGCAAAGGGCGACCUGCAGAUGAAAAUUUCCGACAACAUGACCUUCCAAGAGGCCGCUACUCUGGGUGUCGGCAUUAACACUGUUGGCCAGGGUCUUUAUCAGAGUCUGAAGCUUGCCCUCCCCAUCAGUCCCAUCAAGGACGCUACUCCCAUUCUGAUCUAUGGUGGCUCUACCGCCACCGGCACUCUGGCCAUCCAGUUUGCCAAGCUGUCUGGCUAUAAGGUGCUGACGACAUGCUCACCUCACAAUUUUGAUUUUGUUCGGAGCCUAGGUGCGGAUGCUAUUUACAGCUACAAGGAUACCAAUGCCGCCGCUGAAAUCCGCAAGGAUACCAACAACAGCUUGAAGCUUGUAUUUGACUGUAUUUCGCUCGAGUCAAGUGCUCAGUUCUGCGACAACGCUAUAUCCACCGAAGGGGGCAAAUACAGCGCUCUCCUCAAUGUGAAAAUUGGGCGUGCUAACGUCGACGAUGGCUUCACGUUGGCCUAUACGACCAUUGGAGAAGCAUUCAACUUCGGUGAUAUCCCGUUCCCGGCUAAACCUGAAGACAAGGCGCAUGCUGAGAAGUUCAUCGCCAUUGCGGAAUCACUAUUGGCGGAGAGAAAGAUUAAGGUGCACCCCCCUAAGGUCGGCAAACAUGGUUUGAAGGGUGUUCUGGAAGGACUUCAGCUCCUUAAGGAGGACAAGGUUAGCGGCGAGAAGCUGGUUUACAACGUCGAGGAGACUUCCUAG